AUGACGGCUAGCGGUGGUGCGGUGCUUAGUGAGAAAGUCCCUUCUGAACUGGAGAGGACUGAUUGUUGGAGGGUAUUCUAUCAAGGUGCUGCAUUUCCUACUCUUCAGAUCUUAUCUCCAGUUGGUUCAGUUUUCCUUGCUGCUCAUCUCUAUCAUGAAUUGUGUGGAAGAAUGAUUUCAAAGGGACAACUAAUUGAGGUAACUCCCAGCAUAAUUGAAUUAUUUUCUGACACGAGGCAUUUAUUCUUUAGAUCCUUGGCGAUAACACUAUUACCUGUCAUUGCCGAUACUCUUACUGAAAAAGUAUCAAAUUGGGCAAAUGUUGUUUUAGCUUAUGAGCCUGUUUGGGCCAUUGGAACUGGAAAGGUUGCAAGCCCUGCCCAAGCUCAGGAGGUGCAUGCUGAAUUGAGGAAAUGGCUUCAAGCGAACACCAGCCCUAAAGUUGCUGCUACAACCCGGAUUAUCUAUGGAGGUUCAGUCAGUGGUGCUAACUGCAAAGAAUUGGAAGCAAAACCAGAUGUUGAUGGUUUUCUGGUUGGUGGAGCUUCUCUUAAGCCGGAAUUCAUAGACAUUACCAAGGCUGUUGAGGUGAAGAAAAGUGCCUAAGUUGGUAUCAUCAGUUAUUGGUAGGUGAGAUUUGAAGUUUUUGUUAAAUGAGGUUUGACGAUGGAUUAGUACAAAGCCUCAGAGAGAGAUAAAGACUAUGCCUUGUAAGCUUGGCUAAAAUG